AUGGAAUCCAGACUAGGAUGGUUAUCUAACUUGCAAACCGACACCGGUGCCAACUUGAGAAGAACCUCAAUCAUCGGUACGAUCGGCCCAAAGACCAACUCUCCAGAGGCCCUUGUGUCUUUGAGAAAGGCUGGUUUGAACGUUGUGAGAAUGAACUUCUCUCACGGUUCUUACGACUACCACCAAUCUGUCAUUGACAAUGCCAGAAAAUCCGAGGAAAUCUACCCAGGCAGACCAUUGGCCAUUGCCUUGGACACCAAGGGUCCAGAGAUCAGAACCGGUACCACCACCAACGAAGUGGACUACCCAAUCCCUCCUAACCACGAGAUGACCUUCACCACCGACGACAAGUACGCCAAGUCCUCCGACGACAAGAUCAUGUACAUCGACUACAAGAACAUCACCAAGGUGAUCGAAGCCGGUAGAAUCAUCUACGUCGACGACGGUGUGUUGUCUUUCGAAGUCACCAAGGUCGUUGACGACAAGACUUUGAUCGUCAAGUCCCUCAACGCCGGUAAGAUCUGCUCCCACAAGGGUGUUAACUUGCCAGGUACCGAUGUCGACUUGCCAGCUUUGUCCGACAAGGACAAGGCUGACUUGAGAUUCGGUGUCAAGAACGGUGUCCACAUGGUGUUCGCCUCUUUCAUCAGAACUGCCAACGAUGUCAAGACCAUCAGAGAAGUUCUAGGUGAAGACGGUAAAGACAUCAAGAUUAUCGUCAAGAUUGAGAACCAACAAGGUGUCAACAACUUCGACGAAAUCUUGGCUGUGACCGACGGUGUCAUGGUUGCCAGAGGUGACUUGGGUAUCGAAAUCCCAGCCCCUCAAGUCUUGGCUGUCCAAAAGAAGUUGAUCGCCAAGUGUAACUUGGCCGGUAAGCCAGUUGUGUGUGCCACCCAAAUGUUGGAAUCCAUGACUUACAACCCAAGACCAACCAGAGCCGAAGUCUCUGAUGUCGGUAACGCCGUUUUGGACGGUGCUGACUGUGUCAUGUUGUCUGGUGAAACCGCCAAGGGUAACUACCCAAUCAACGCCGUCAAGAUGAUGGCCGAGACCUCUUUGAUGGCCGAACAAGCCAUUCCAUACCUACCAACCUUCGAUGACUUGAGAAACUGCACUCCAAAGCCAACCUCUACCACUGAGACCAUUGCUGCCGCUGCCGUUUCCUCUGUCUACGAGCAAAAGGCUAAGGCCAUCAUUGUCUUGUCCACCACUGGUUCCACCCCAAGAUUGGUUUCCAAGUACAAGCCAAACGUGCCAAUUGUCAUGGUCACCAGAAACCCAAGAACCGCUAGAAUCUCUCACUUGUCUAGAGGUGUCUUCCCAUUCGUCUACGAGAAGGAAGUCGAAUCUGACUGGACCAAGGAUGUCGACAGCCGUUUGAAGUUCGGUAUUCAACAAGCCAAGGAAUUCGGUAUCUUGAAGGAAGGUGACACCAUUGUUACCAUUCAAGGUUUCGCCGCUGGUGUCGGUCACUCCAACACUUUGCGUGUCUUGACUGUUUAA